GUCACACAGGACAGAUACUCGGGGAGCAUCCAUUGUGCCCAGAGCACUGGCUGAGACUGGACAGACUCACGGAACAGUCACUUCCCCGGAGCAUAUCAGGUAACCAGGCCCACAGCAGUGGGGCUUGGAAGGAAGUGGGUCCUCCCAUUGUACCUACAAUGAGGGGUGAGGAAUUCCAGGAUGAGCUAAUGGGAGAACCUUGGAAUACAGGUAGUCUGUCUCCAUUCCUUUCUCUCCCCUCAGCCUUGCUGGUUCCUCGGGUUCCUGCUGACUGUCUGAGAUGAGCCCAGGAGACCAAGUCAUAGUGGCCAGCCCCCUGCCAUCUGGGCCCCAGGUGUCUGUGAUGUUUGAAGACGUGGCCGUGUACCUCACCGAGGAGGAGUGGGGCUGCCUGAGUCCUGCUCAGAGAGGUCUCUAUAAGGACGUGAUGCUGGAGAAUUAUGGGAACCUAGUCUCACUGGGAUUUCCAGUGUCCAAACCUGACGUGAUCUCCCAGCUAGAGCGAGGGGAAGAGCCAUGGGUUCUCAACAUGCUGCAGAGGGCAGAAAAGAGAGAGAUUUUGAGAGGCAGCUGCUCAGAUUAUGUAGCCAAGACUCAGAACAUAGAGCUGUCUCUAAAGAAUGAAAUUUCAGAAGAAAUGGAAUCACAGUGGCUGAGAGCAGAAAAAAUCACAAGGGAUGUUUCCAAGGGACUAAGGCUUAGAGAAGCCUGGGAAAGUGAGGCCAUAUUAUGGAGAGAUGAAGGAAGUCACACUGUGGAGAGAUUAAAGAAAUCUCUUUCCAAAGAGAAUAGUUUCAGGCCAAUGUUAAUCAUCCAGGAAAAAAUCUCCAUAGUAGAGGGAGAGCAGAAACAUGACAAAUGUGGAAGAAUCUGCGAUCAGAAUUCAAACACUGUUUCAUACGAAGGAUUUCCUAUAGGAGAAGAACACCAUCAAUGUGAUAUAUAUGAUCAAAACUUCAAACAUAAUUCACAUGUUAACAACAUAUCUGAAAAGCCAUGUAAAUAUAAUGAUUCUGGAAACUUCUUCAAUUGUAAUUCAACCUUUAAUGUACAACAGAGGAUUCAUUCUGGAGGGAAGCCUCGUGAAUGUAAUGAAUGUGGGAAAGCCUUCAAAGGGAGUUCAGACCUUAUUAGACAUCAAAGAUAUCACACUGGAGAGAAGCCCUAUGAGUGUAAUGAAUGUGGGAAAGCUUUCAUUCAGAUUUCUAACCUAAUUCAGCAUCAGAGAAUUCAUACUGGAGAAAAACCCUAUGAAUGUAGUGAAUGUGGGAAAGCUUUCAUUCAGAGCUCUAACCUGAUUCGACAUUACAGAAAAUGCCAUGGAGAAAAACCCUAUGAAUGCAAUAAGUGUGGGAAAGCCUUCAGUGAACGCUCAAUCCUUAUUGAACAUCACAGAAUUCAUACUGGAGAAAAACCCUAUGUAUGCAAUGAAUGUGGAAGAGCCUUUGUCCAGAGCUCAAACCUUAGUCAACAUCAGAGAAUUCAUACUGGAGAAAAACCCUAUGUGUGUGAUGAAUGUGGGAAAGCCUUCAGGCAGAGCACUAACCUUAUUCAACAUCAGAGAACACAUAAUGGAGAGAAACCUUUUGAAUGUAGUGAAUGUGGGAAAGCCUUCAGACAGAGCUCACACCUUCGUCAACAUCAGAGAAUACAUAACUUUCAACACCAGAUAAUACAUAAUAGAAGGAAACCUUAUGAAUGUAAUGAAUGUGGAAGAGCCUUCAGUCAAAAUGCACAUCUCAUUCAACACCAGAGAAUUCACACUGGAGAGAAACCCUAUGAAUGUGGUGAAUGUGGCAAAGCCUUCAGUGCACAAUCUACACUUAUUCAACAUCAUAGAAUUCACACUGGAGAGAAACCCUAUGAAUGUAAUGAAUGUGGGAAAGCCUUCAGGCAGAGAACACAACUUAUGGAACAUCAGCGAAUUCAUACUGGGGAGAAACCAUAUGAAUGUAGUGAAUGUGGAAAAACUUUUAAUCAUAGCUCCAACCUUAUUCACCAUCGGAGAAUUCACACAAAAGCAUAGUCUUAUGAGUGAGAUCUUUCAAAAAUUCUUUUUAAAAAUUGUUCAACUCACAUUGUGCCUCUACUCCCUGUUGUGCCUCAGAGACCACCCCCAGGGCCACAG